GUUGGUGGCGGUAAUGCGCCUUUUUUGUUGUUUACCAACCGUCAUAAAAGUCCAAGAGGGAAAAGGAAGAAGGUGACUUCGGAGUGCACGGGGAAGAGGAGUAAAGUUUCCAUCAAAAAUGGGUUUCGUCAAAGUGGUGAAGAACAAGGCCUACUUCAGGAGAUUCGAAGUCAAAUUCAGGAGAAGGAGAGAGGGGAAAACUGACUACUACGCCCGCAAGCGCCUGGUUGUGCAGGACAAGAACAAGUACAACACGCCCAAGUACCGACUGAUCGUCAGAUUCUCCAACAGGGACCUCUGCUGCCAGAUUGCCUAUGCAAAGGUGGAAGGAGACCAUAUUGUGUGUGCUGCUUACUCUCACGAGCUCCCCAAAUAUGGCAUCACUGUAGGCCUCACAAACUAUGCUGCAGCUUACUGCACCGGGCUGCUGCUGGCUCGCAGGCUGCUGCACAAGUUUGGCAUGGACCAGGUAUACGAGGGCCAGGUGGAGGUGACGGGGGAUGAAUUCAACACAGAGAGUGUCGAUGGACAACCGGGUGCCUUUACCUGUUAUCUGGAUGCAGGCCUGGCCAGGACCACCACAGGAAACAAGGUGUUCGGAGCGCUGAAGGGGGCGGUUGACGGAGGCAUAGCCAUCCCGCACAGUCUGAAACGUUUCCCCGGUUACGAUGCAGAGACCAAAGAGUUCAAUGCAGAGGUGCAUCGGAAACACAUCAUGGGCAUGAACGUGGCUGACUACAUGUCUUACCUGAUGGAGGAGGAUGAGGAGGCCUACAAGAAACAAUUCUCUCGUUUCAUCAAGAAUGGAGUCACGCCAGACACAGUAGAAGAAAUGUAUAAAAAAGCUCACGCUGCCAUCAGAGCAAACCCUGUGCACGUAAAGAAACCCAAAAAAGAUGUCAAGAAGAAGAGGUGGAAUCGCGCCAAGUUAUCUCUGGCACAGAGGAAGGACCGCAUCGCCCAGAAAAAGGCCAGUUUCUUACGAGCACAAGAGCAAGAAGCAGGGGAGGGUUAGCGGCAUGGCACAAGGGCCCGCUGCAAAAACACAGCACGCCUCACAGACAAAUAAAUUUAUUUUAAAUUCAA